GACAUGAUAAGGUUGUAGAACAGCUGGUGAUCCAUGGUGCUGAUUUAAAUAUCAGUGGUGGAGUUGGUGAUAGACCUCUACAUCUAGCAUGUGCUAAAGGUCAUUUAAAAAUAACACAAUUAUUGGUUGAAGGAACGUCACAUCAGAAAGCAGAUGUGAAUAUUAAAGAUGAUGAAGAACAUCGACCCCUCCAUUUUUGUUGUAAGGGAGGUAAUCUAGUGAUAUUACAUUAUUUAUUAGAACAUCGAGCUGAUCCACAUGUCUGUAAUAUAUACGGAGAUACCCCGCUACAUCUAGCGUGUUAUAAUGCUAAAACAGAAGUAGCUCGACAACUAGUCACGUUAACUGGUGCAGAUAGUUUAAUUAAAGAAAAUAUAUUCAGUGAAACUCCAUUACAUAGCGCGUGUACGAACGGUAGAAGUUUAGAUCUGGUAAAGUUUUUGUUGGAUCAACCAGCCGUAGACAUCAACUACCAGGGCAAAGAUGGUCACACAGCAUUACACAGCGCGUGUUAUCACGGCCAUUUUCGUAUCGUACAAUAUCUACUGGAAUCAGGUGGUGACAUGAAUCUAGUAGCAGCCGUCAGCGAUCAAAAUGGUGGAAGUGAAAAACUGGAAGAACAGACGGCAUUAAUGUGGGCCUACGAGAAAGGACAUGAUUCUAUCGUAAUAUUUUUAAAACAUCAUAAACGACCGCAGGAUGAGUCGGCAUGUGGAGAUUAUUCCCAACCUGGAUCUGACGGAUCUUACGUCUCCGUUCCUUCACCACUUGGUAAAUUACGUAGCAUGACACGAGAGAAGAUUGAUGUUCUUCACCUACGAGCUACGUUACCUCACCAGUUUCACCUGCAGUUAUUAGAUAUAGAAUGUCAAGAGGUCAUUGGUAGUGGAUCAUUCGGUAAAGUUUAUAAAGGAAAAUGUAAAGGAAAAACGGCUGCCAUUAAAAGAUAUCGAGCCAGUACAGUAGGAGCUAAAUCAGAUGUAGAUAUGUUUUGUCGUGAGGUGGCCAUUUUAUCCAAGUUAAAGAGUUCCUACGUUAUUGGUUUCCUCGGCGCCUGUCUUGAUGAUCCUAGCCAAUUCGCCAUAGUGACACAAUAUAUCUCUGGUGGCUCCCUCUACAGUCUACUACAUGAACAAAAAAGGUUGAUAGAUAUACAGUCUAAAUUAACGAUAUCGAUAGAUGUGGCUAAAGGUAUGGAAUAUCUACACAACUUACCACAACCUAUAAUACACCGAGAUUUAAACAGUCAUAAUAUAUUACUGGAUGAAAACGGUCAUGCUCUAGUUGCUGAUUUCGGUGAAUCACGUUUUUUACGAUCUGCUGAAGAGGACAACAUGACGAAACAACCUGGUAAUUUACGAUGGAUGGCCCCCGAAAUAUUUACACAAUGUACUAAAUAUAGUAUAAAAGCUGAUGUAUUCAGUUAUUCUCUGUGUUUGUGGGAAUUAUUGGCGGGUGAAUUACCUUUCGCUCAUCUUAAACCAGCGGCUGCUGCUGCUGAGAUGGCGUAUCAUAUCACUCGUCCACCAAUCGGAAUCACCAUACCUAAACCUAUAGUUGGUCUAUUACAAGUUGGUUGGCAUGCCAACCCUGAUGAUCGACCAGAGUUCAAAGAAAUCGUCCCAAUUUUAGAAGAAUGUAAACAGUCACAGGCGGUAGCCAUGUUAAGUAACUCAGAUACAACACCUAUUGUAGCAUUCCCUACAGCGUUACCAAUGGUUACAGAUCGUGACUCAGAUGAUGAAGGUAGAUCAACACCACCAUUAGCAGGUCACGUCUCAGCGUUACGAUCUCACUGGGAACAAGAGGCUACAAGACACAGUGAUCCGCCGCGUGAAGAAAUACGUCGCCAUCUACCUUUUCCUCAGAUUGAUAAAAACGGUUACGUCUCAGAUCCACUCAGUACGUUACGUAUUCCCAUUGAUUUACCACGACAAGAUAAUCGGGAUAGUCGGGAUAGAUCACAGUCGCCAAACACCUGAUACACAUCAUUUACCUGUGGUUGUCAUGGAAAUACAAUUACAUCUGAUUUAAACAGGUAUGAUAUAGACCUGGUGUUGUCAUAUACCUGAGUUAUGUUGUCAUGGAGAUGGACGAUAUUUAUGUUGUCAUGGAGAUGGACAAUAUUUAUGUCGCCAUGGAGAUAGAUAAUAUUUAUGUCGUCAUGGAGAUAGACAAUAUUUAUGUUGUCAUGGAGAUAAACGAUAUUUAUGAUCAUUACCACAUUGCAUCAUAGAAACUACCGUUACCUGUAUCUGUACAAUCAAAUGAAAUUAUGCUGUAAAUUUUUCCAUUUAUUGUGUAAUGGAUCCAUUUCACCUCUUGAAUGACUUUAUUAAAAACUUCACCAUUGUGAAUUUGAUUGUGUGAUCCUAACCUAGAUCGUGAUUUUUUAAAAACUUCAUCAUUGUGAACUUGACUAGAUAUUGUUUUGAUUUUGACGUUUCGUGUAUGAUAAAUAUGUUAAAUUAUUCCAGGACUAUUUGAAUAUUUAAUGGUGGGAGUAAUGUGACUGUGUGGUUGUAAUAUAUUUAUAUCAAUGGUUUGAAUUUAUCAUGAGUGAUACUGAUAGAUAUUGAUGAUAGAAAUUAAAAACAUUCAGACUUGUUGGCAAUUUGAUCAAAUAUAGGCGUAACCUAGACUGUGAACAAUUGCAGGGUCGUAACCUAGACUGUGAACAAGUGCAGGGUCGUAACCUAGAACAUGAUCAAGUGCAGGACUGUAACCUAGAUCAUGAACAAGUGCAGGGACGUAACCUAGAACAUGAUCAAGUGCAGGACUGUAACCUAGAUCAUGAACAAGUGCAGGGACGUAACCUAGAACAUGAUCAAGUGCAGGACUGUAACCUAGAUCAUGAACAAGUGCAGGAUCAUAACUUAGACUUGAUCAAGUGUGUGUAUGUGUAAACUAGAUCGUGAUCAAGUGUGUUUAUGUGUAAACUAGAUCGUGAUCAAGUUUGGGUGGGUAACCUACAUAGAAACAAGUUCAAACAGAAAUAUUUCAUCUCUCUUGUGCUUACAUAUACUAGUCAAACAUAUAUAUUUAUAAAAUGACAGAUCAUGUGACAGCAAUAACAUGUCAUGUGACAGCUAUUAUUAUCUUUACAUCUUAUUGUUCUUUAUUUACUCUCAACAUUGUAUUUUAUAAUUCUACUUAAAAUGAUAAACAUUAUAAUCAAAACUCUUUAAUAUAACCACUCUUCCCUCUAGCCUGGCAUCCAGAAGGGCUGGAGAACCGCGGACGUAUAUUUCAGUUAGUUGGGCAUCCAAUCAAAUAGUAGAAUUAAUUUUUUUUUAAAUUUAAAAUUAUCGGUGUUAAGUUUGUGGUACAAGCUGCCUUACUUAUUUCAUUUAUUUUAUCUGUUUCGACUCAUAUUUAAAAUGUCUUCCUUGCUCACAUUUCUGAGUACAAGGCCCAAUAUUUGAGUCUAGGGGCAAACAAGGUGCUAUACUUGGUGGUAUACAGUAAGCUACUAAACUCUAUACUUCGUAGUAUACAGUCAGCUACUAGACUCUAUACUUGGUGGUACACAGUCAGCUACUAGACCCUAUAAGGACUUGGCCCGGGGUAUCACCAGUCCUCCACGUCACAGUGUGUGUGUAUGUUCAGUGUGUAUCUGAUUCUUAGAUAAGUAUUGUGGUUAAUAUUAAUACUGGAUACAAGAAGAGGAACGUCAACACUCCCUUGAUAGAGUAACUAUAGCUGCACAGACUGGUAGAUCUACGUGGGUACUAGAUCAGGAAGAUGAUACCCCCGGGACAAGAGAGCAAUAAAAUAAAUUUAGGUAUCCCCGCACAACAGCAGCACAACAGACUUGGUUAAGAGUAGAGAUUUCUUUAAUGAUUAUAACGUUAUAAUCAUUUAAAAAUCUCUACUCUAAACCAAGUCUGUUGUGCGGGGAUUCUUAAAUAUAUUUUAAUGUAAUUUUUUUAGGACGUGCCAAGACUUCCUUGUAACAAGUACAUAUAUCUUAUUGUCAUGGGAAUAAAAUUUGUGUACCGUGAGAUUUUUAUAAAUACAUGUACUAUAAUUUGGAGGAAAUAUAAAAGUGUUUAAAUAUUUCUCUGAUUUUCUCACGUAUAUAUAUCAAAUAUAAACUUAUUUAAAUAGUUCUCGCGUAUUAGACGCACCUAUGUAUGGAGAUUGUUUUCCGUUGUAAAAGAGAUUGAUCUUAUACUCGAUUACAGUAUUUACCACGUCGAUUGGGCAACAAGAUCAGACCUAUUGAGCAACAUCUCAAAAUAAUGGUUGAUUAUAAAAUGUGUUACUACCAGUAAUUAUAGGUCAGUUUUAUAUUUCAAUUAUAAAAUGUAUUUUUUAUAUAUUAUUUUAUUCAAACUUUGUAUUUAAAAAAAAUGAAAAAACGUUA